ACACUGUUGGUCUCUGUCCUCUUCUCUGUGUAUCAUCCUACAUUACGGUUACGCACAAAAACCCAGCUUCAGUGGUUUCAUUUUAUUAAUGAUUUCAGUUAAGGGUUAGUCGAAUUAUUGUUCAAACUGCGAUGAAAUGUAUACCUUAUUAAUUAUUAUCGGAUUCAUCUAUUGUAAAGAUGGAAAUGGUAUAUUUUCGUUUAUUUUGACCUAAUUCAUUGCGUCUAAAGUUUGCCUAUUUUACUGACUUGCAAUACGGUUUGGUCCUAUAUGCAAUGCCGGCCAAAAGAAAAAGUACUGUGUGGCUGCAUUUCGAUCAAGUAGAGGGAAAUAAAGGAAUAUGCAGAUACUGCUUUUCAAGGGAAAAGAGUACGGAUGUCGCAGUGGAUCCAGCCUGGAUGAUUAAGGUCUAGUCAACACGAGGUCACAGGUAUAUCAUGGACCAGACAUAGACAACUGUGAUUAGUCAACCUAUGAAUUGGACAUAAUUGAAGAAAACUAUCUUACUCAACAUAACAUGGAUAACCAACAUUUAUAUUUAGACCACAGUUAUUCAAAACAUUCAAUUGAAAUGAUAGUGCCCAAACCAAAUGUGAAUGUUGGAGUAGAAGAACAACAACAAUAUGGAGGAAUAGUAGACGUAGAAGUAAAAAAAGAAGAUAUUCAGCAAGGACAUUCUACAGGUAUGCAGGUUGAAACAAACUAUUCUAUUUUAUCAGAUAGACUGAACUGUGACACCAAAAUACUUGAACACUCAACAGUUGAAAAUGAAAACACUAUGGCGCAAGAAGAAUCAUUUGGAACAGAUGAUUCAGAAACAUCUAUACCUAUCCAAAACUAUUAUUCUGCUACUGAAAAUUUUGGAAGAAGAAAAAUAUCUUCAAAAUUGUAUAUACAAAGCAUUAAUGGACAAGCAAGUGCGAGUUCCUCUGAAAAGCAUGUUAAUAUUAUCCCCAAUUCUAUGAUACAAAAUUCCCAGCAAAAUAGCGAUAAGUUGAAUUCAUUUAUUGAAAAUCCACAAGAUAAUGGAGGAACGCUCGUUAACUGUGAAUCUUGUGACUAUUCCUGCAACACUUCAUCACAACUCAGACUACAUUCGAGAACUCAUAUAGGAAGAAGAACAUACAUUUGUGAUUCCUGUGACUUCAAAGCAACAUCUAAAACACAUCUCAGCAGACAUCUUAGAAGACACACUGGUGAAAAACCCUUCAUCUGUAAUUUCUGUGACUACAAAGCAACCCAGAAAUCAAAUCUUAUCAAUCAUUUAAAAACACACACCGGAGAAAAGCCCUACAGCUGUGAGUUCUGUGAUUUCAAAGCAACACAAAAAGCAGCACUCAUCAUACAUCUAAGGACACACACAGGGGAAAGGCCCUUUAGCUGUGAUUUAUGUGAAUAUAGAGCAACACAGAUGUCACAUCUCACCAGACAUCUAAGGAGACACACUGGAGAUAAACCCUUCAGCUGUGAUUUAUGUGACUACAAAGCAGUGGAGAAAUCAAUUCUCACCAUACAUAUAAGGACUCAUACUGGAGAAAAGCCCUACAAAUGUAAUAUCUGUGACUACAAAGCUAAUGAAAAAGGAACUCUCAAUAGUCAUUUAAGGACACACACAGGAGAAAAACCUCACAGCUGUAAAUCCUGUGGCUAUAAAGCAAAAAAUAAAUCGCAUCUCAUCACUCAUUUUAUUAAGACACAUACAGGAGAAACUCCCUACAGCUGUGAUUCCUGUGAUUACAAAGCAACAAAAAAAUCAUCAAUCAUCAGACAUCUAAAGAGUCACACAGGAGAUUACCGCUACAUCUGUGAGUACUGUGCCUUCAAAGCAAUGGACAAAUCAACUCUCAUCACUCAUUUGAACACCCACACAGGAGAAAAACCCUUCAUCUGUAAUUUAUGUGACUACAAAGCAACCCAGAAAUCAAAUCUUAUCAAUCAUUUAAAAACACACACCGGAGAAAAGCCCUACAGCUGUGAGUUCUGUGAUUUCAAAGCAACACAGAAAGCAGCACUCAUCAUACAUCUAAGGACACACACAGGUGAAAGACCCUUCAGCUGUGAUUUAUGUGAAUAUAAAGCAACACAGAUGUCACAUCUCACCAGACAUCUAAGGAGACACACUGGAGAUAAACCUUACAGCUGUGAUUUAUGUGACUACAAAGCAGUGGAGAAAUCAAUUCUCACCAUACAUAUAAGAACUCAUACUGGAGAAAAGCCCUACAAAUGUAAUAUCUGUGACUACAAAGCUAAUGAAAAAGGAACUCUCAAUAGUCAUUUAAGGACACACACACGAGAAAAACCUCACAGCUGUAAAUCCUGUGGCUAUAAAGCAAAAAAUAAAUCUCAUCUCAUCCUUCAUUUAAAGACACACACUGGAGAAAAGCCCUAAAGCUGUGAGUUCUGUGAUUUCAAAGCAAAACUUGAAUCAGUACUCAUCAUACAUCUAAGGAGACACACAGGUCAAAGGCCCUACAGCUGUGAUCUCUGUGAAUAUUAAGCAACGGACAAAUCAACUCUCAUCACUCAUUUAAAGACACACACAGGAGAAAGAUCCUAAAGCGUUGAUUUCUGUGACUAUAAAGCAAGAAAAUCGCAUCUUAUCACUCAUUUAAAUUUGAUACGCGGGAGAAAGACCCUAAAGAUUUAAUUCCUGUUAUUUGAAAGAAACACGAAAAUCAUCACUUAUCAGACAUCUAAGGAAACACACAGGAGACUACUCCUACAUCUGAGAAUACUACAAAGCAAAUGACAAAUCAACUCUUAUCUCUCAUACAGGAUAAAUACUCUUCAGUUUUGAUAUGUGUGAUUUCAAAGCAAUACAGAAAUCGAAUCUCAUCGCUGAUUUGAAGACACACUGGAGAAAGAUCCUGCAGUUGUGAUUCCUGUGACUACAAAGAAACAACCAAAUCAGCUCUCAUUAAACAUGUAAGGAGACAACACACCAAUACCCUUAAACUGCGUCUUCUCAUACAAAACCAUGUAUUUUUAUCAUUGAAAUGUUAUAAUUAAGUUGAUAAAUUAACAGAUCAGUUUUUUUAGUUGAUCUCAAUCAUUUAACAGCAUAUAUUUGAAAAUGAACCAAAUCAAAAACUUUGAUAAAGAAUCAAGAUUUUAAGAAGUGGAGAGAGUAUGAUCAGAAAUUAUUUCUGAAUUAGUCAUUAAAUGAU